AUGGAGCUUCUUGAUGGUGAAUAUAACCAAUUAAACGAGGAAUCUGGCGACUCUGGAGCAGGCGUAUUGCCAAACAGCCGACCUGGCCAGACUCUCCGGGAUUGUCGCCUUCUCCCCAGGCCACGACAGAGACUCAUGUUGCAGCUACAGUUAAUACUAGAGCACGCAUGUUUCUCGUUUGGACAACGAGAAAUGCAACAAACACUGGACGAAUGGGACCAUAGCUGCGCCGAGGCGAUUUCGCUACAGACUUGGAUAGAGUUCUUCCAGAACAAUAAAAUAUUCGAGACUGAAGGUAAUGCUAAGUCACUCCUGAACCUGCUCAGCUCAGUAGGCAGAAUUCAAAAUAUCAUCAUUCUUCGGCUCAACCUUAACUUCUUCGAAGUUAACCAGUUUCUACUGAAUGCUGAAGAGUUCAUACGGCUUCUCGAUACUCCAUUGUAUCUAAACGCUGUCAAGCUGCUUAGACAGCGUACUGAAGAAGUACUUCUUAUGGCGAAUCGAGAUGCUGCCUUAAUCCACAACGAAGCUGAUAGGAAGGUUGCAGAAAUUGAGGCUCAGAGAGAAAGCUUAAAUCGGGAUGAGGAAGGCAUUAAACAGCAUCGGGACGAGAACCUGGACAACAUCCGAAGUUCUAUCGAGCGUGACAUAUUUACAGCCAUGGGGCAAGUCAAAGACGCCUUACCAGGUAUUGGACUGGCGGAUAACCGUUGA